GGCGGAGAGCAGCGACCCCUGGCCGCACAGGGAGCCGGGCUGACAGAGAUGCCGCCUGCUCCCGCGGGGCUGCCGCUGCUCUAGAGCCGGGACCCCCCCCCCGCACUCCGGAGCCCGCCUGCGCCCCGCGCCCCGCAGAUGGCGGUGCCGAACGGGUCCGUCCCCGCCGGGGAGAGCGAGAGCCCGCCCGCUCCCUGCGGGAAGAAGGAGCUGAAGAUCGUGAUCGUGGGGGAUGGAGGCUGCGGGAAAACGUCUCUGCUCAUGGUGUACGCGAAGGGAGCCUUCCCGGAGAAAUAUGCACCUUCUGUAUUUGAAAAGUAUACGACCAGUAUUACUGUUGGCAACAAAGAAGUAAUUCUGAAUUUGUAUGACACUGCAGGGCAGGAGGAUUAUGAUAGACUACGACCACUUUCAUACCAGAAUACAAACAUGGUCUUAAUUUGUUAUGAUGUUAUGAACCCUACUAGCUAUGAUAACGUUUUAAUUAAGUGGUAUCCUGAAGUAAGUCACUUCUGCCGGGGAGUUCCUCUAAUACUCAUCGGCUGCAAAACAGACCUUCGAAAGGACAAAGAACAUUUACGUAAGCUCAUGUCUUCUGAGCAGGAACCAAUCACAUAUAACCAGGGUGAAGCAGCUUGUCAGCAGAUGAAGGCACAAGCCUAUUUGGAGUGCUCAGCCAAGUGUCGAGAAAACAUAGAGGAUAUUUUUAAAGAAGCAACAAACAUUGCAUUGAAUGCCAUGAAAAAAGCUAAGCGCCGAAAAAAGAGGAAACGGUGUUCAAUAUUAUGAUGAUCCAGACCACUGGGACUAUAGAAGAGCUUGUUAAAAUCUUGAUACGUUUAUUACCAAUAGUUUAUUUUUAUAAUUUGUCUUUUUCAGUACAUUUUUAUUCCUACUUUGAUUUUUAAAAUUUGAUUUUGUAAUAGUGUGCUUUUUGUUGUACCUCAGAUGAAGAUUUCAAAGUGCUUUAUCAAUAUUAGUUUGUGGUAGAUGGCUACGUAUAUCUGGAUUUUGUUCCUGACCAUAAAUGACUUAGCCAGGUUCCAAAUCCACUCUCUUUUAUUUAUACACUGACAGUGACUGGCAGUCUUUAUUACUCAUAGUUUUAUUCUAGCACACAGGUGCUGGUAGUUCUGGCUCUGAUUUAUUGGUCUUUUUCACUGCUGAAUUAACAUGGAAAGGCUAGAAAUGGCUACUUCUC